CUCUUACAUUCUAUUCCAUCUCCUUUUCUUCUGCUCCAUUUUUGCUGCCUCUCCUUUUCUUGCAGCCUCAAACUCUAGAGACAAACCUAUUCUUUCACUUCUUAGCUCUCCUGCUUCAAAAGCCCCAUCAAUGUAUUCGCUUGAUUGGAUUCUUCCUGCUUGAUCAAAUUGAUUUUUUUUUUUUGGCGCUUUUCAAGGAAGCAAAAUAUGGAUAAAAAUUGGAUGUAUCUACAAGAUAGGCAGAGUAAAGAAUAUGUCGAUGGUGUCAAAUCCUUUCUUGAGCUGGCCAAAGAGAGCACUCGACUGAGGAUUGAUGAAGUACGUUGUCCAUGUGGAGGCUGUAAGAAUUGUCGUACUUAUAAUUUACAAACCAUUGAGAGUCACUUGUAUAGGUACGGGUUUGUAUCUAAUUACAAAAGGUGGAUAUUUCAUGGCGAAGAAAUUGACUAUACUACAACUAGUCCACCUGAGGACUUCAAUGUGAUGUUUGAUGAUGACAAUCUAGAAGAUAAUGUGGGUCAACCAAUGUUUCCAAACAACAUUUUUGAGGAUGAGUUACUUGGUGGUGCUUGUGAAGGUGAGAGAAGUGAAUCUGAAGCAAUCAACUUUGCAAAUUUGUUUGCUAAAGCUCGUUCACUUUCUUCAGAUUGUAAUAAGAUGUUGGCAUUGGAUUUUUUAGCAAAGUUAAUGCACUUGAAGGUAUCAAACAAAUGGAGUGAGAACUCAUUUAAUAUGUUGCUCCAAUUGUUGAAGGGUGUUUUUCCAGAAGGAACAAACUUUCCUACUUCAUACCAUGAUUCGAAACAGAUGUUGCGGGAUUUUGGUUUUGGUUAUGAGUUAAUACAUGCUUGCAAGUAUGAUUGUGCAUUGUUCUGGAAAGAGCAUGCUUCUUGUGAAAAGUGUCCCACAUGUGAUGAGCCAAGAUAUAAAUAUGAAAAUGGAAAAGGCAAGAAGAUUCCGCAAAAGGUGUUAUAUUAUCUUCCAUUGAAGCCGAGGUUACAAAGGUUAUAUAUGACAAAACUUCAUGCAACUGAUAUGAGAUGGCACAAAGAAAAGCAUGUUAGUGUUGAAGGUGAAAUGAAACACCCGGCAGAUACUGAGCAAUGGAAAGACUUUGAUAAGCAAUACCCUUGGUUUGCACAAGACGCUCGUAAUGUUAGAUUGGGGCUAGCAACUAAAGGCUUCAAUCCAUUCAAAAACACAAAUAGUUCUUAUAAGUUGUGGCCUGUGACACUCGUUCCUUACAAUUUACCACCGACUAAGUGUAUGGAUGAGUCAUUUUUCAUGACAACAUUGUUAAUUCCAGGUCCAGAGUCACCUGGGAGAGAAAUUGAUGUAUUCUUGAGGCCUUUGAUAGAUGAGCUGAAAGAUUUGUGGAGCAAUGGAGUUGAAACACGUGAUCAUUUAACUGGAGAAACAUUUCAGCUUCGUGCAUGUGUAUUGUGGACUAUUAGUGACUUCAUAACAUAUGAGAGUUUAUCUGGCUGGAGUUUGAGCACAGGAUUUUUCUCCUGUCCAAUUUGCCAACGUUUUACAGAUGGUUUGAUAAUUCGGGAUAAGAUGUGUUUUUCGGGUCAUCGUAGUUACUUGCCGCCUGGUCAUUCUUGGCGAAAGCAUAGACAAUAUAAGGCGAAUUGGUUUAAAGAUGAUGCCUUACCGCCAGAGCCAGUGUAUUGGGAAAACAUGUUGGUGACUCUCGACUCUUUACCAAUCAAGACACCUGGCAAAAAUCCAAAUAAUGAAAACAGAAUGUUAUCUCGUUAUGACACAUUUUUCUAUAAUUGGAUGAAGAAAAGUAUUUUUUUUGAGUUAGAGUAUUGGGCCACACUGAAGGUAAGACAUAACCUGGAUGUCAUGUACGUUGAAAAGAAUUUCUGUGACAGUAUUAUUGGAACAUUAUUAAACAUGGAGGGAAUGACAAAGGACACAAACAGAGAUCGCAAGGACUUGUCUGAUUUGGAUAUAAGGGAAGAACUGCACUUUAAGCUUCACAAGAACCGUUUGUUGAAACCACCUGCAUGCUAUACUUUAUCAAAGACAAGGUCUCAUUGUUCAGAUCCAAAGACUUCGUUUUGUAAAUUUUUCAAGUCUGUUAAACUUCCAGAUGCUUAUGCAAUAGACAUCUCAAAAAAAGUUAGUAUAAAAAAUAAGGUAAUAUCAGGAUUGGAGGCUUAUGAUUGCCAUGUGAUUUUGCAACGUCUUCUUCCUCCUGCAGUUGACCUUCAUUACAUACACGAGGAUAUUACUAUUACACUGACCGAGCUUUCCAAUUUCUUUCAAAAGCUAUGUGCCAAAACUUUACUGGAUAAAGAUUUGGACAAACUACAAGAGAGGAUAGCGCUAAUUUUAUGCAAGUUUGAGAAAAUCUAUCCUCCAUCCUUCUUUGACAUCAUCGUUCACUUGGCUGUUCACUUACCACAUGAGGCAAAACUUGUUGGACCUGUUGGCUUUCGAUGGACAUAUCCAUUUGAAAGAAACUGGGAAAAACUCACAAAGUAUGUGAGAAAAAAUUGUCAGCCUGAAGGUUCGAUUGUAGAGGCUUACAUUGCUAAUGAAGCAGUUAGAUUUUGCUCCAUAUAUGGCCAUGACAUUGAUACAUAUUCUAGUGAAAAAGAUGACAAUUUAGGUCCUAAACAAACUCUUCCGUCGUUUCGUGUGUUCUCACAUCAUGUUAAACCACGUGUUCAACCAUUUGGACACGAGGGAUCUGUGAAGUUGUCUCGUGAAAUGUUGCAACAGGCCCACUGGUUUGUACUUCUCCUAUCAGACGAGUUAGUGCCUUAUGUUAAAGAGCAUAAGAAGGAAUUGAAGGCAAUAUCUGAUGUCAACUUAGAAGAAAGGCAUAAUGAAGAAUUUCCUGCAUGGUUGGCGAAUCAUGUGAAACGGUUGCGUCAAACUGAGCCAACGAAGGUCUCAGAUGAGCUUUUCUCAUUAGCUAUUGGACCUGAUUUUGAGAUAAAUACCUACUCUGGCUGCGUAGUUGGAGGAGUAAGAUUUCUUACUGAAGAGAAAGAUAGCCAUAGAAUUGCUCAGAAUAGUGGUUUGUAUUCUAUUUCAGAAAGUGAAGGUAAGGUUGCGGAGUGCUAUGGUAGUUUAUGCAACGUGUGGGAGUUGAAAUAUUCAUUUGGUCACCGAGUUGUUUUGUUCAAAGCUAAAUGGUUUGACACAGACCCAGAGGCUGGAACACCUAGUAAAUGCAACAUCACUCAGAUCCGUGUCAAAGUUACUUAUGACACUGCGUUUGUACUUGCAAAAGAUGCAGAGCAAACAAUUUAUCUCAAUGGCAAUUUCGGGUUGAAGUAUGCCCAAAAAGUGAGACCCAGACUGUUUUGGGAUGUUCAUGAGACGAGUAGCAAAAUGGAAGUUGAUAAGGAUGACAAUGCGGAUGAUGACCUCAAUUCUUGUAAUUUUCAAUGGAAUGAACAAAUUGAUGACAUUGCAAUGAAAAGUCUUGUUCACCAAUAUGGUGAGGCAGAAGUGAUCAGUGAUGAUGUUGUUCCAAAUUUAAGAAAAGAAGCUGUUGGCCUCCCAGCUGAAAUGUUCGAUGAUGCAUGGUUCAAGAACUAUCUUGCCCCGGAUGAAAGACCAUGGGUUAAUUACACUGGUAGUGAAUCCGAUAAUGAUAACAUCAGCUUCUCCUCAAGUGAUUACGACAUGUAACGCUGGUUCUUUAUCUACGAGGGAGCAUUUUGAGAAUGGACUUGAAGGAAAACACCACCUCUAGCCUCUGAGCUUUAGCAGGACCAGUAAACUUUAUUCACUAUUGCUAAUAUGUCACUCCUUUUUCUAGCAGCUUUAGGAUGUAGAGAUGUGGUUGGUAAUGACUGGAGUUCUAUUUCUAUUGGUGUCAUUUUGUUUUGUUUGAAUCUGUCAAGAGUCAAGACUUUGUUUGCUUAUUUUAGCUUGACAAGUUUCUCUUAAA